AUAGCUCUUGUUUCUUCUAUAGCUUCACUUCUGUUCCAACUCAAAUCAGUGUCUGAACCAGCCACAAUGCCUAGUGAUCAGAAUGGAACCUGGGAGAUGGAAAGCAAUGACAACUUUGAAGGCUACAUGAAGGCAUUAGAUAUUGAUUUUGCCACCCGCAAAAUUGCCAAGCACCUAACUCAAACAAAGAUAAUCGAACAAAAUGGUGAUAACUUCAAGACAAAAACAAACAGCACAUUGCGCAACUAUGAUUUGGAUUUCACUGUUGGAGUUGAAUUUGAUGAGCACACUAAAGGACUGGAUAACAGACAUGUGAAGACUCUAGUGAUCUGGGAAGGAGAUAAGCUUGUGUGUGUGCAGAAAGGAGAGAAGAAUAACCGGGGAUGGAAGCAAUGGAUUGAAGGAGGAAAACUGCACUUGGAGCUGACAUGUGAAGACCAAGUGUGCCAUCAAGUAUUUAUAAAGAAGUAACAGUUGACUGGGAAACCUGUUGAAUUACCAGUUAGGAAUUAUUUCUUGUGUUUUGUGAAAAAAGUUUCAGAACUUUUUCCUACUCUUAACAUAGCUUUGGGAAUGUAUCUGUGUGGAGUAUUAAGCAGAGGGAAAUGUGUGAGAACGACAAACAAAUAUUUCCUCUUUCUGAGCUGACAUUAAAAUAAAAAUAACUUUAAAAAACCCACCUCAA